AUGGAGCUGCAGGAGAUGUUCCGCUACGGAUACCUGUUCCCGCCGCAGGAGGACGCCGCGCCGACCUACUUGGAGCUGCCGAGCUACCCGUACCUGAAGGAGAAGGGUGGAUUGCCCCCGGUGAGCACCCUGGCGGUGCCGCAGUGCGCGGUCUACGACAACAACAGCGACGGCUGGCACACGCCGAGUCCAGCAGCCAGUUUGCGAUCCAUCAGCCCCGCGACGACCUCGGCGUCCUCGGAGUCGGAGAGCGGCGCCACCCUCGCGACCUCCGGGCAGACCUCCACCUCCGGGUCCCAGCAGCCCGGGAAAAGGUGCAGGACCCUCCUGGUCGCGGCCUCUAGGACCACCUCCGCUCCUACCCUGCCUCAGGUCACGGCCUUGCCGGAGAAGGUGCAGCCGUCUCGAAGAGUCGACGCCUCCAUGUCGGAUGGGGGAAUGGACCCCGAGGAGAGCGACCUCCAGGAGAGCGAGGGCGAGCAGGAGAGCGAGCCCAGGAGGCGCGGAAAGUUCGUCAGCUCCACCGUCGUCCGGAAACGCAGGCUCGCCGCCAACGCCAGGGAGAGGCGCAGGAUGCAGAACCUCAACAAGGCGUUUGAUAGACUCAGGGCGUAUUUGCCGUCCCUUGGGAAUGAUCGGCAACUUUCUAAGUACGAGACCCUGCAGAUGGCUCAGUCCUACAUCACUGCGCUGUACGAUCUCCUGCAGUGA